UCUCUGGCUUUCAUUCUCUCGCAGUGGUUAAAGUGACAUGAAAGUGAAGACAUUGGUGCACUGUAGCAAGUCAUGUAUCAUGAUCCAAACACAGCUAAUAUUCUUGCCAAUGGACAUAAUGUGCCAAUUAAAGUCACGAGCAACGGGACAACGGAUACCAAUGGGUCUCUUGGGGCAGAAGGGCCUGAAACAGAGACCGACUCAUCAGGGACCGGGGGGAUGCGGAAGUCGUUGGAGAGGAAGGGCUCAGCGCCGAACGACGCUAUUCACCUCCAGAGACGGGUGGGACUCUUCAGUGGGGUGGCUUUAAUUGUCGGGACCAUGAUAGGGUCUGGAAUAUUUGUGUCACCUUCAGGUCUACUAGUUCGUACUGGUUCCGUUGGUGUUAGCUUUAUUAUAUGGCUGGCCUGUGGUUUGCUCUCCUUGUUGGGCGCUCUGGCAUAUGCUGAAUUGGGUACGAUGAAUACAUCGUCUGGCGCUGAGUGGGCAUAUUUUAUGGACGCGUUUGGUCCGGCUCCCGCAUUUUUAUUCUCAUGGGUAUCGACGUUGGUGCUGAAGCCAUCGCAAAUGGCUAUAAUUUGUCUCUCCUUUGCUCAAUAUGCAGUUGAGGCAUUCGUUAACGAAUGUGAUCCACCAACAUCGGUGGUUAAAAUGGUUGCACUGCUGGCAAUUGUUAUGAUACUGUUCGUGAAUUGUUAUAGUGUGAAUCUGGGCAUGGCUGUGCAGAAUAUAUUCACCGCUGCCAAGCUGGUUGCCGUCCUGAUUGUGAUCUGCGGCGGCGCCUGGAAACUAUUCCAAGGCAAUACUCAACAUCUGUCGAAUGCAUUUAGUGGCGACACACCCACCAUUGGCGCAAUAGCGACCGCUUUUUACACAGGCCUUUGGGCGUACGAUGGCUGGAAUAAUUUAAACUAUGUCACCGAGGAGAUCAAGAAUCCAAGCAAGAAUUUGCCGCGGUCCAUUAUUAUUGGCAUACCUUUGGUGACACUGUGCUAUGCACUCAUCAACAUCUCGUACUUGGCGGCGAUGUCACCCACCGAAAUGAUCGAUUCAGAAGCUGUGGCCGUAACCUUUGGCAAUCGCAUUCUGGGCGCCAUGGCGUGGCUUAUGCCGCUCAGUGUGACAGUAAGCACUUUUGGUAGCGCGAAUGGUACACUUUUUGCGGCCGGACGUUUGUGCUUUGCGGCAAGCCGUGAAGGUCAUUUGAUGGAUAUACUCUCGUACGUGCAUGUACGUCGUCUGACGCCGGCACCUGGAUUGAUUUUCCAUUCUCUUAUCGCCGCCGCAAUGGUUUU